AUGCCUUUCACAAUCCCUGCUGAACACAGGAGUUACGUUCUACAAUAUCAGACCAACUAUAAGUAUGUGUCAAACUGGAAGAAGUGUCACAAAACAGGGGGAGAGAUGGUAGAUGGUGAAAUUGUAUACACAGAUGACCUUGUGUUGUCAACUGUUCUGUCAUUCAUAGCUCCAUUUACAUCGGAUUGCUUGGGAGGAUUACGUGAUGGGGAACCUGGUCCCACAGAGAAACCCAGAACUGAGGCGGAGACCAAUAUGGGUAUAUUAGCACUCUCUCUGACAUCAUUCAUGACCCUGGCGAAGCCCAUCACCCCCCAAAACGGAGCUGCAUAUACCAAAAGAUGGAAAGCCGCUUUGGCGGCAGCUCAGAUUCCUGAUCUAGUUACGUCUGAAUCAUGGACAGCCAUUAUGACCCUAGCGGGCCGCUUCCAACAAGUUGUAGCGAUACGCCCAGAUUUAAGAAUGGAGAUAGUUGACAGGGUGACUCAGCGGGAAUUGCCGGGGCUUCCUGGAGCUCUGUUAGCUCAAAUAAAGUUAGUGUGGAGCUACUCUUCACUCAAAGCAGUCCAGUACAUGGACGCUUUUACUAAGUCGCACUGCAGGGCCCUUGAGAUCCCAGCGGUCCUAGAUCAGGCCUUGUUGUUGCAAUCUCGAUGGACUAAGGCUCAUGCUGAUGAUCCGAACCUGCAAUUCUGCAGGGUUAAGAACCCCUCGAGUCACACCGAGCUAAACCACUCUAACUAUCCUGAUCUAUACUACGCCUCUAUAGCUUAUGCUAAGCUCAAUAAAUUGGUUGGGGACAAUUUCCAAUUGUCUCAGACACACACUUCUAGACAUUCUUAUUUGAUAGAUAAAUAUAUCAAAAAGACGGUUGCAGCCGAACUGGGUGAGAUGACCGAAGACACACGUUCAAAACUCGCAAGGCUAGGAUAUCCGAUAGCAGCCAGAAGACGUCCCAGAGAAGAGAGUGAAGAUGAAGACGAAAGCGAGCCCCAGCGAAGAAGGUCGAGAAGAUCAGGAGACCCCAUCCAAGAGGAAGAAUCAAGGCCUUCAUUGAGCGAUCAACCAACUACACUUCCAGCAGAUGAACAGCGAACUACGACUGCUUCAAACGAGCAGCCUAGUACAUCUGCGCACGAAGAUGAUCAAACUCAAGUUUUUCAAAGUUUAUCAUCUGCUGCUACAAUAUCCCAGCAAGCUAUUCCAUCAACACCUAAAAUCAAAAAGUCAGCCUGCCUUUUUUGUGAUCAUGUUGAAAAAAAAGUUGCUGGUGAAAUAGCAAAAUUAGAAUCUACUAAAAAGAAUCGAUUCAGAGAUGUCGCUUACGAAUUGCGCAAUUGUAUCACAUCUCUGGAAAGUACGAAGCUGCCAGAUAAUCUAACUCCAAAGGAUGUCAUUCUCGGAGAGUGCAAUAUUCCAGAACAACUUUUUAAUUUCGUGUGUGACUUAGUUCAAGGACCAGAUACUCGUCGUAAAAAUUCAGGUGAUGAUUUGGUGAAAAUAAAGUCUGUGUGUAGUGACCUGAUUUAUAUUGUAUCCAAAGGUAGAGUCAAACCGUCAAAACAUCUUACACUCGGGUUAUCAAUGAAAUCUAUGACAAGUUCACGAAAAGUUUUAACGAUAUUAAAUAGAUAUGGACAUACAAUAGGCUAUAAUUUAGCUGAAGAAAUUGAAACUGAGAUGACGUAUAGUUCCCAAAACGAAAACAGUACGAUACCGGCCGGUAUUAGCAGAGUUGAUGGGCGAAGCACGCACGUAGCUUUCGAUAACUUUGACCGUUUCGUCGAUACAGCCACUGGGAAAGACACUUUGCACGAUACAGUUGGUAUCAUUUAUCAAUUUCGCAGCGAAAAUGAUGACCCUGAUAAUAUGGACAAUUCAGAUACUUCUGAUUCAGAAUCCCUAAGCGCAUAUGUCCAUGAAGGUCCCACGGAGCCUCUUGUAAGAGCUCGUAAGAGACGGCGUUUUGAAGCACCUUCGAAGGAAAUUCGUCCCUUUGUCAAGACACCAUUUACAAGUAUGACGUUUCUGCCUUUUCAAACAAUUACUGAAACAAUCGAUGCGUGUCAUUCAGAUAAAUCAAUCGCAAUUGAUAAGGAUUUGGUUUGGAGUAGGUCUUUAUCUCAAAUUGAUUCGGUACCCAUGUGGUUAGGUUAUAACUGCAAAAUUGGCAUUGAUGAGAGUAAAAUUCAGACAGUCGAGUACUUAUCACCAAUUAAUGAAUCUCCUACAUCGCUAGCUGUUGUUCAAGAAACUCUUAACAUUGCAAAGGAAAUUGCUAAGAAUUGUAAUCAACAACAGAUCAUAGCUACUUACGAUUUAGCAAUAGCCAAAUUAGCUAUGCAAAUUCAACAUACUAAAAAUCCAGAAUUUGACGAAAUAUUCAUUAAUUUAGGCGCAUUCCAUACCCAAAUGGCUUUCUUUAAAGCAAUUGGAAAGUAUAUUGAUUCCAGUGGAUUAGUAGAGAUUUUGGUUUUGGAAGCAGAGGCACUAGCAGGAGGUUCAAUGAACAGCUUCUUGAUAGUAAACAUUUUAAUCGAUGAAUUUCGCGAAGGUGCAUUUGGUAUUAGACACACAAAAUCGUGCUUGGGCAGAUCACCUGUAGACUUGACUUUGGAGCAGGCGAUCAAUGCUGAUGUCGGUAAUACCUUGACUGGUGUAAGCCAUUUUACAAAUUCGAUCGCUGCACGAGAAAGAUGGGCUCUUAGCCAUAGUGUCAGGACUAAAAUUAUGUCGUCCGUGAAAGCAGAAAUCGGAUUAUCUCAAGCAGAUGAUACUUCUUAUACGUUACAGAAGAAUCGAAUUGAGAAAGACUCCAAAACUCUAAACAAUAUUGUUAAAACGAUGAAUCCUUUUUCUGAAAAUGUUGACAAAGAUCGUUUGUUCAAUUUGUCAACUGGUAAAGCGGCAUCCUCAAAUGUUACUGAUUAUUUACUCAAUGUUAAGUCUUUAGGUCAAGAACAAAAGUUAAAAUUUUUUUCGGAAUGCUCUGAAGAUUCAACAAGAUCUGUGAGAACAAUAAGUCGUAAUAAAAUAAAUAACUUCGCUUCAGAUUGUGUUAAAAAAAGUAUUAAGAGUACCACCGGAGACAAAAAUACAAUAAUUAAAAUGGAACGAGAUAUUUUUGGACGUCUGUUGGUAAUUGCUAUUAAUCAAAAAGUUGACAUUGGGUACUGUUUGUCAUUCCCUCUAGCACCUCUACCUCCUGCACUAUUCCACUGCUCAGGUGACAAUGAAGACGGACAAGUCAACUCUGAGUAA